AAUGCGAGAAAGAGGGGCUCACCAGGGGUCCAGAGGUAUCGAAGGAAGACGUUGAGAUUUUAGCCGCAUUCCGAAUCCUGAGAGUACCAAGGGCUAUGAUUCCUGUAACACAGUAAAUCCAUAGAAAAUGGCCGUCGACUGGACCCAACUUCCCGGUGAACUCCUGGAAUCAAUCUCCAACAACCUCACCAUUUAUGCCGAUUACCUUCGAUUUCGAUCCGUUUGUCACUGCUGGCGAUCCUCCGUCCCGAAGACCCCACGCCACCUCCCUCCCCAACUCCCCUGGCUCAUGCUUCCUCAUACCCGAUCCCAAUCUCAAUCCCACCGCGCCUUCUUUGACGUCUCCGCCCAAAAAAUCCGCCUCCUCAAGUAUCCAGAGUCCUCCCACCGAAAGCGUUGUUGUGGCUCCUCCCAUGGUUGGCUCUUGAUCAUGGACGAAACCCCAGCCGUCCUUCUCAUAAACCCUCUCACCAGAGUCAAGGUUCAACUCCCCCCGCUCUCCACCUUCCCGAUCGUCCUCAGCUUCAAUUACUCUGAAAUCGGUAAAGAGUAUGCGCUCACGACCCCGUCCGGUGACAUCUACAGGUGUAGUUUGAGGGAAAUGCGCGACUCUUUUAUCAAGAAAGUCAUUCUCUCCAUGAGCCCGGCGGGUGAUAACAACUUUAUUGCACUGGCGAUACUCAACCUGACGGGGGAUUUAGCCUUCUGUAAGAACGGCGACGAAUCCUGGACUUUCAUUCAUGACGCGAAGUUUUUCUCCGAGGACGUUAUAUAUCACAAAGAGCUAUUCUACGCUGUGGACAAGAACGGCUCCAUAGCGGUGUGCGAUGUCAGCGGCACGUCGCCGAGGGUUUCAAUCAUCAAAACGCCGAGUCAAUUCGGGGGUGACAUACAGUAUCUGGCGAAUUCAGAGGACGACGAGGAGUUGUUACUGGUCACACGGUAUCUGGAUCUCGUAAACGACAACGUUGACCUGAAUGUAUUCUUCAAAACGGUCAAAUUUGAGGUUUUCAGAAUAAAUUGGAACGGGCCGUUGUGGGAGAGGCUCACCAGCUUAGGUGACCGGACGUUGUUUGUGGGGGGAAAUUCAUCGUUGUCAUUGUCGACUUCUGAUUUUCCGGCAUGUUCAGGGAAUUGUAUCUAUUUCACCGAUGAUUAUUGCGAAUUCAAUGAGGAAUUCGCCUUUGGAGACUAUGAUUUAGGCAUCUUCAAGUUAUGUGAUGGAAGCAUUGAACCUUUACCUUGUUAUCGGCGAAGUUCGCACUCUCAGAUACACGGGCCUCCAAUUUGGGUUACACCAAAUCCAUGAUAAUAACGCGUCUUGACUGUAAGUACUUGCAAAGACUCCUUUGUUGUAUAUAGAAUUACUUUUUCCAUGUAUCUUGUGUGUGAAUUACUCCUUUGUUUUAUUGCGUAUGAAAUCUCACGAAAUGGUGAAUUUAGCAUCCUUUCCUAAUUGGGUGAGAUUUGUAUAUUGGAUUUGUGCAUUAUGGUGAAUUAUUCAGAUGAGAGGCACUCAAAUGCAUGCUGAGAUGUUAUAGAAGAGCCUUUUCCUUUA